GGGUGAUUUUUUUUUUGUUGUAACAGUUACGGGACGAGCAGCAACAAAAUGGACUGGAUGGAAAGUUGUGAUGACGAAGCUUCACAAGCGGUUAGCCUGCUUCCGCAAUGGCGAAAAGCAGGAUUGGGCAUGAUAGGCGGCAUGCGACAAGAUGCGUCCUUUAUUGACCUGCACCGGAACAAGCCGUGGCUGCUGUUUGUGAAGGGCCAGAGUUCCCUUCAAGUCUGGGAUCAUGAAGAUGGCAUACAGAUUGCCAAUUGGAAUGUGAAAAAGUACGGCGGUUUGGAAUGUGCAAGGUUUUUCCCAAAGAUCGAUUGGAUUUUGGUACUGUGUGCGCAAUCGUGGGUUGUGUAUCAGUAUGAGGUGGAGCGUUCGAACUUCAGCAAAACAUUUCUAUACAGAGGCGAUAGCAGUCUACUUGUCGACAUAGCUAUCCAUCCAUUCCUUCCUUAUCUGCUGAUGUGCGCUUAUCAUCAACACGAUAACGUUCACCGGUGGACUUGGGAAUUCACGCCGCCAAAAACUCUGUCUCUGUACCGUCAGACGCUGGAUGGUCAUAACAGUGCAGCAAGGAUGGCAGCAUUCCAUCCCCUGAAAUCACACGUCUUUGCAAGUCUGUCCGUCACGGGGGAGAUAAAGGUCUGGAAAUUAGGGAAAGCGGAACCCACCCAAACGAUCGAAGGCCACUGGCGGAUUCAAAAUUUCCAAUUCUGCAACGAUGUACAUAAGUCGCAUCUCAUCACAGGCGGAUUGGAUGGGUACUUGCGGAUCUGGGACUACACCACUGGUGCCUGCGUGGCGGACUUGACAGACAAUGCCGGCACGGUUGGUGUUCGCUCGGCCUGCUUCCAUCCACGCUUUCCGUACAUCUUCAGUGCGGGAAGCGAUGGGACGAUUCGAGUUUGGAACGAGUUGAACUACACACCACUUCUGUCCUACUCUAGUGGAUUGGAGAACCUAUGGAGCAUGGCUUCGUCAAAGCGAUGCGAUAAGCUCGUUCUCGGAGGCGACGGAACGCUCCUCGUGCUAGAGGUUACAUCCUUAGACAAUAUGAGGGCAGAAUACGAGAGGAAGCUCGGCAGAAAGACCGCAGAUUACAAGAGGGCGAUGGAUAUGUGGCGGCCCGUUUCUGAUGAUGCGGUGAGGGAUCGGGAAGCGAAAAAGCACUUGGAAGAAAGACUAGAAAAGGAGGUGAACGCGCGGGAAGAGAUCGCAAAGUCGCUGCGAGAGAUCAGUGUGGCGGAAGCUGCUUCAAGGGCAGCACUCAAAAUGAGCUCCGAAAUGUACGAGCGGAGGGUAGGGGAACUCGAAGGAGCACUGGAAGCUGAGAUCAAUGCGCGGAAAAUAUCAGAUAGGUCCAGGGCAGAGCUGGAACAGAAUGUGAGAGGGAAGGAUGAGAGGAUACACCAGUUAGAAGAGGAGAGGGGAGAGAUGGAAAAGAAGUUGGAAAUAUCCAAUGAGCGCAUUGCAGAGCUUGAACGGGAAGGAAGACUGAAAGAGGAGAGGAUCCAUCAGCUUGAGGCAGAAAGAACAGAGCUGGUUGAGGCGCUUAGUGCACUUGAGCGGAAGAAUGGAGAGCUGGAAGAUAGGUUGGACAAGGAGGUCGAUCCGCAACGGAUAUCUGAGGAAUCCAGAACGGAGCUCGAAGAGGAGGGUAGAGCAAAAACAGAGGAGAUCCAUCAGUUGGAGGCUGAGGCAGUUGUGCUAGCAAAGUCGCUGGAAACGGCAACACAGAAGCCCGAGGAGGUCGUGGAAUCCAGGCUAGAAAAAGACACAGACAUUGAAAAGACAAUGGCGAGCUCACCUGAACAGGCCUGCCAUUGAUCGCCCAUUUCACGAGUAUUCCUUCAGCGAUCUGGUUCGUGCAACAAAGAACUUCAGUAGCG